CUUCCUCCCUACCUGAAACGUAGAUGAAAGUGCUUCUAAUCUCCGGGUUACAGUCGGACUGGGGACACGCUCAGCACAAGUCCGGACUGGAAACGGAAGGUCCCAAACGGAUAAUCCCGCAAGGCCCUGCAUCGCGACGACAUCUGCUUGCUUAAUAUGCUUUGUCAACUUGCGGAAGGGUAAUGCGUAGGUUGUUUAAUUUCUGUGGGAAUUCGUUCCAUUCAGUACUGCCAGUGACCCUGUUUGGCUCUUGGGUACCUUUCCCCAGGCCGUCCUGUAUACGGAGGUUUUCCCAUAUUAUUUCAGGGAAUUGGUUCCAAAUCCCUUAUAUAAAGAUCGGCUCGUCUAUUUUUUUCUACAAUUCCUUCAAUCAAGUCGUUAGAGGCGUCGUUGAAAACACCAGUCGGAUGACAGAUGGUACGCAAAUGGUCGUAAUCAGAUGCGACAAUGGAAGGAUCAUAACCUUACCAUCUGCAAGUGUAAUACAACUAGGGUAGCCGGGCAUGCAAGGGUAGUUAACACUGUUUAGUCGAUAAGGGCCGCGACUAUGUCCUUACCUCUUUUUAACGAUAAUGUUAGUAUCUCUAAGCUUUCCUCAGAGUUCGCGUAAAUUAGUUAAAUGAAUUGAU